GGAGAAGUCUUUUUUUUUUUUUUCGCAAUUAAAGAAAAACAAAACUAUUCACACGAACGGCGCCGCUUAAGUUCCCGCCUAAGUGUUUUCAGAACUCAUCGCCACCAUUGGUAACAAACGCAGUAAACCCCUAAACCACUCCCCUCACCGCCGGAAAAAAAAUGCUGAUAUCCAUAGUAGAAAGAUCCUUAUUCAAAGACAAAAACAGCGGCACUAAAAUCAUCAAACACCGCUUCCUAGGGUUCUUAAUCUGGCAAGCACUUCAAUCCACAUCCAUCUUCUUCUUUACCAAAACCCUACUCCUCUCUCUCUUCACUCAAACCCCUUUCAAACCCUCAUUUCUCACUCUCCUCUCUUUCCUAACUUUCCACUUCUCCCUCCUCCUAUUCUCCACUUCCCUUUUCAUCGUCUCUUCUCCUCAACCUCAACACGCUGCUUCCCCUUUACAACUUUUCCUCACUACUGCUAAGCUAAUACUCGUUCCCAUUUCUAACACACAGCCGUUGUUGUCCACUGAUUUUCGGGCCCGAGCUAGGGCUUCCAUUAGUUUCGUGCUGUUUGUGGCUGUUUGUGCUGUAUCAGGGUCUUUGUCUGUGAUUAGCUUGUGUUGGAGCUGUCAUGUUUUCGAUCAAUUGAAACCGACAAGGUUGGUUAUUGGGAAAUUAGGGUUUUGGGGUUUGCAGAUUGGGUUGUUUUAUGGAGUUCAUUAUGUGUAUAAGAAGCGCUGGGUUUUGCAGUUUCCCAUCAUACAGCGUCCUCCCUUUUUCAGCUUUAAGAUGGGGUUACCUUUAGCUGUUGGGAAAGCUCUAAAGCUUUCCGCUGCCGGUUAUGUGUUUUCAGCUCUCCUUGCAUUUGUUCUACCUUAUGAGUUUAAGGGUCAACUUCCAGUAGGAAACUUUAUCACUGAGCAAAUACUCUUCUAUAUUGGAAGUUUUGUGGUGAUUCUUUGCUGGGAAUUAUGCCAUCAUUUACACCAGGUGUUACACACAAAGCGGUCCGUCUUUGCUCCUCCAAAAGGUUCUGCAGCUGCUGAAACAAAUCCAAGUGAACCUCUUCUUGCCGCAUUGGAGGAGAGCAUACCCAAAUCUCUUUUGCAGUAUCUUGCAUACCUUGACCUUUGUAUGGUAUGCGAAGGUAAUGUUGACCCUUGGCGCCGAGCUGCCUUCUUUGAGGAAAGUGGUGAGACUUACAAAAGAGUCAUUUCUGUGUGCUUGACCCCCGUUGAACAAUUCACAAGAAAGCUGAGUGAAGUUUUGGAAAGCUCUCCAGUUGAUAACUCCUUGCAACUGUCUCAUCAGUUGCGUUCUCCAAAUGAACAGCUUGCCGAUUCAAAGGUUUAUGAAUCAUUUGAUGACUUUCAGCUACUAGCUUGGUGUGCCCGCAUUGUGGCUUCACUAACCGUGCAUUCACACAAGGAGGAUAGAUUUGGCGUUGCUCAACUUUCAGGGAGCAAUGCUACUGUUAUCUCAACAUUGCUAUCCAGUUUAUUAGCUGUUGAAGCUCUGAUGGGCAAGAAAACCAACUUACAUUCGUCAAAUACUUUAAUGGAUCCUGCUGGUAUUAAGUGGGCUGCAUUAAACUCAGGAAGGAGAGAUUCAGCAGCAGGCUUUGCAGGAAAAAGAAAAGGAGCCCCUUUUUAUGCAAAAGCAUAUUCAAUGGCUGAUAUCCUGAGGACUUCCAUCUAUGGUAUUGUCUCCACUUUUUACGAUGAGAUGUCGCAUAGUGCCAAGGCAGGACUACUUGAGAAAGAUUGGGUCAUCAGUAAUAAGCCACUGUAUGGAACUCGGGAGCUCCUUUCGCAGAAGUUGCGACUAUUCCUGGACUUCCAAGCUAGCUAGGGCGGCUUGUACUGCGUGGAUGUUGAUUUUGAAGAGGUGGUUGUUGUGUUUCCAGGGGGAAUGUUUGCUCAAAGAAGAUUGAUACCUCAGUCCUCGUGUGAGAAAUGGUGCGAGAAAGAAAAGAUUAUAAGCUUAUACCAGGUCCAUCUGGUGGAUGAUGUCUGGCAUCCGCAUUCAGAUCUUGACAAUUCUCUCCUUUUUUUUUUUUUUUUUGGUAGGUAAAAGAUUGGGUGGUGGGUUAAAUUUACGGAUAAUUAUCAUCUUUGUGCAUUAAUUGAGGUAUGUUAUAAGUUUGAAUUUCUACCUUUUGGAAUCACUUACACAUCUGCAACUUGCGCAUGUGCAUAUCUUCUGAAGUAUUUGGAGCAGUACAAGCAUUAAAACAUCUGUAAGCAUUAAAAACAUUUUUUGAAGAGAUUUCUGCCUCUAAUGCACAUGUGAAAUUGAUGUUGCU